AUGUACGGGGAUGGAGAGGGUACAGUUUGGGACCGUGUCGGGCGCCCUCGGCGGGACUGCAUGUGUUACCUGGGACCUCCAACAACUUUGAUGCCCAUCGGUAUGCGGAAAUCGCCCGAUGUGAGUCCUAGACGGCUGUCAGAUAUCAGCCCUCAACUUAGACAACUGAAGUACCUGGUGGUGGACGAAUCCAUCAAAGAGGACUUGAAGUCGUCACGGUCGGUGGAGGACAUCAAUAGCGCAUCAAUCGAAGAGAGGAUCCUGAGAAUCACUGGUUAUUAUGGUUACCAACCAUGGAAUGCAGUCUACAACAGAGAAGACCGGCCCAGGGAGAACGUGGUGGGCACUGCGGACGGUCAGCCAGUGUCAGGCGGAGCAGGGGCGGAGUCAGGCAGCGGAAAGCGGAGACUGCACUGCUGCGUGAAAGUGACGGCGGUUCAGGUGCGAAAGGCUCUGUGGGGCAUUGCUAUGGUGAUAUGCGUGUGCUCGUCCUGGGCCGGCUCAACCCAGCUAGCCAAGCUCACCUUCAAGCAAUUCGACGCCCCCUUUACCCUCACCUGGUUCGCCACCACUUGGAACAGCCUGUUCUUUCCCCUCUACUACAUGGGGCACCUGUGUAAGAGUACAGAGAGACAGACGCCCAGGCAACGUUUCAGGGAAUGCUGCCGGUUCUUUGGAGACGACGGGCUCACCGCCAAAGUGUUUUUCACUAAAGUCGCUCCCUUUGGCCUGUUGUGGACUUUGACCAACUACCUAUACCUGCAGGCCCUGCGUAAGAUCAACACCACCGACGUGUCUGCACUGUUCUGCUGUAACAAAGCCUUCGUCUUCCUGCUCUCCUGGAUCGUACUGAGGGAUCGUUUCAUGGGGGUCAGGAUUGUUGCAGCCAUUUUAGCCAUAGCUGGGAUUGUAAUGAUGACCUACGCAGAUGGAUUCCACAGUCACUCUGUCAUAGGAAUCACGCUAGUCGUAGCCUCUGCAUCAAUGUCAGCGCUGUACAAGGUACUCUUUAAGUUGGUCUUGGGCAGUGCCAAGUUUGGUGAAGCUGCUCUCUUUCUGACCAUCGUUGGGGGUGCCAACUUUGUUUUCAUCAGCUUUGUGCCAGUUAUCCUGUAUUUCACACAUGUUGAGUAUUUUGGGUCCCCUGCUGACAUCCCCUGGGCCUACCUGUGUGGAGUGGCUGGCCUGCUACUGGCAUUCAACAUCUUGGUAAACUUUGGAAUUGCGAUUACAUAUCCCACGCUCAUUUCACUCGGCAUUGUCAUGAGUGUUCCCGUCAAUGCAAUGGUAGACCUGUACACCUGUGAUAUCAACUUCAACACCGUGCGACUCAUCGCCGUCUUCAUCAUAUGCCUGGGCUUUCUGAUGCUUCUGCUACCAGAGGACUGGGACCAAUGUCUCAUCCAGCUCAGCACCAAACUGCGCAAACGCGAGCAGCCAGCAGAGGGCGUCGAGGCAGGCACCAGCUCAGGUCUCAACUGGAGUCGAAGGGGCAGGACCUCCAUGUCUACAUUUACGCACUGA